UCGGAGGAUGGAGAUUAACAGGAUAAUAAUAGUAAAGACAAUGGGAGAGGAAGCGGUUCUCUCAUAUUUAGAGUCAACUUGGUGGUUGAUUGUUGUUAAGCUAUUGGUCACCAAGAAGAAUAAAGAAGAAAAAAGAAAGAGGAUGAAAAGAGAUGAUGAUUAGAGUGAUGAAAGAAGUUAAAAGAAGCCGACUUUUUCUUCAUCACAAGCGGCAUCGCAAGUUUGACCUCUUCAUCCUUUUUCUCUCUCAUUUUACUUUUUUUUUCUUCUUCUUUUUCUCACUUUCUUUUUCCCUCCCUCUUCAUCUCUCUGUCAUCUUCUUCCUACUCCUCCGCCUCUUCCUCCUCCCUCUUCCAUUUUUAUCUUCAUCUCUUUGUCUCCUUACAUUUAUUUCAGUGUCGGACUGUACACCUAAGUUCCUCUCGAGUCAACAUCGGACAUCAAUCAACACAAACACUUUUUUAGCAUCAAGUUUGUCGAAACGGGAAAUCGUGUUCUUUUUUUUUCCUUCCUCUUUCUCUGUGAAUAUUUCCCUUUCUACUGGACAAUGUUGAUCCUUUGGUCCACUUGUUUUAUAUUAAUGUGGCUUUUAGCUAAUUGUGAUGCUGCUUCCGUGAUACCAUUACAAUUUGAUGAUGAAGGACCUUUUUCGUCAAAUAAAAAUUCUGAAUCAGCUUAUGUUGCUUCACUUGCAAAUAUCGCUUAUCGUUCAAUUGUUUUACCGGCAACUUGUACAUCCCUAGGAAUUGAUUCAAGUGUUUGUGAAACUUUCUCAGCAACAUUGUCAACCAAAAUGAACAUUUAUUGGGCCAAAUCGGAAAAUAAAACUGAUCUUAGGGUAAUCAGUUCUAGUGAUAAAACUGCCAUUGGUCCAGAGAAUCGUAAUGUGCUCGCAAUUAGAUCAUCAUCACUAUCAUCUUCGUCAACUGUAUUCAUCUUUUUCUUUGGUGAACGUUUCGGACAAUUCCCAUGUUUAAGGGAUCAUGGGAGAGUCACUGAUCAUGGCCAAGGAAAAUGUUUGGUAUAUUGUGUUCAGAGGAGCAACUAUUUAAAUCCAAUUAAGACAAAAGUUUGCACCAGUGAUUCACUUCCCUCGACGCAUUUUGUUGGUUAUCCUCAUUCUAGUAGAAAUUUGAUCCGAUGUAUUGAUGGAAUUCUUGGCGCUGCUUCUUGUUGAAAUGAUGACGAAUGAACAAUUGUAUAUGGAAUCUUUAUAAAAUUUUAUUGACUUUGUGUCAACUCAUCAAAACCGCUUUUAUAAAUCAAAAAUUCAUCACCUUACGUAAACUGUAGAUAAACUAUAACCAUAAAGAUAGUGAAAACAAUCAUUAAACAAUAUAAAAUGA